GAGAUCUGCUGAGAAUUAUGGCAGAUCAACGGUGGAAAAACUUGAUCAACUUUUUCCAUUCAUAAAGCCAAUUCGACGGUCUCGUCACUAGAACUAAUUCGCUCGAAAAUAUCCCACUUCUCUGUUCUUGUUGCCAAGGUUUUGAUUUAAAUGGCUGAAAAGAAAGCAUCCAUGAGGAAGCCAGUUUUUGCCAAGGUUGAUGAGCUGCGCCCUGGCACGAAUGGGCACAAUCUCGUCGUGAAAGUUUUGAGUUCGAAGAUGGUAUUGCAGAAGGGUAGGGCGGAUGGGCCUCAAGUUCAUCAGAUGCGGAUUGCUGAGUGUCUGGUUGGGGAUGAAACAGGGGUGAUUUUGUUCACGGCUAGGAAUGAACAAGUGGAAACCAUGAAGCCCGAAGCAACUGUAAUUCUGAGAAAUGCCAAAAUCGACAUGUUCAAAGGCUCAAUGAGACUAGCUGUGGACAAAUGGGGGCGUGUGGAAGCAGCAGCCGAUCCUGCCACCUUCACUGUCAAAGAAGACAAUAACCUUUCGCUGGUUGAAUAUGAACUAGUAAACAUCGAGGAGUGAGGCUGCCAGUAUCCUCCUCUGCUUAGAUUGAUGCUCAUAAAGAAAUGCUGGGGAAUGAAGUGUGUUUAGGAGACUGCUUGUCGUUUUUGUGAUGAAGUUCUGGUUUAGAAAGAAGCUCUUCUUGAAGCCGUCUGUACGAAAGAAGAUCAUAAGUAUUACUCGAUGGUAAGUGCAUUGCAGCUGGACGUAAAAAGCAGGUAUCAUCGCACGGUCCAGACUUGCUUUAGUUUGUCUAUCCUAACGGCAUGAAUUCUCUGUAGUCAAGAAAUCAUGUCUUCUUUGUAUGGAUCAAAUGAAUAAUUUGGCACUGCUUCAUAAAACGAACUACUACUACCAUAUGAUAUGAUGCUUAUUCUAUAUAUAUUAUUAUGAAUAUAUUUCAAA